AUGGGUCCUUUAAAAGAGUUAGCAGUUUGUGUGCUAGUGCUGCUGGUAGGCGUGAGUCAAGGUUUGUUGAUUGUGGGACCCAAAUCGAUCCGACCCAAUCGGGACUACACGUUGGUGAUCAGUAACUUUCAAAGCAAGCUGAACAAGGUCGAUCUGAUGGUGCGGCUAAUGGAUCAUCAAGACGGCGUAAGCCCGCUAAACCUUACGAAACUGGUGGACGUGCGACAAAACUCAAACAAAAUGAUCACCUUCCACAUACCUGCCAGUGCGCCGGAAGGAGAUUACCGGAUUACGGUCGAUGGGCAACGUGGAUUCAGCUUUCACAAGGAACACUUACUUGAGUACCAAGGCGAUUCCGUUUCAGCCCUGCUACAGCUCAACAAACCCGUGUACAAACCCGGUGAUACAGUGCAGUUCCGUGUGAUCGUGCUGGACGUGGAUCUGAAGCCACCGUCCGAUGUGUUUGAGUUGAACAUAAACGUUAGGGACUCGUCCAACAACAACAUCCGCAAAUGGACCCAGGCGCGCCUGUACGCCGGAGUGUUUGAGAAUGAAAUCUCCAUCGCUCCAUCUCCGUUACUGGGUACUUACAAGAUCGAAGUGAGUUUCCACGAUAAAAUGGUGUCGAAGACGUUCGAAGUGAAGGAAUAUGUUCUGUCCACGUUCGACGUGGACGUGCAGCCCACGGUGGUUCCGCUGUUGGAGCACCAGGCGCUGAAUCUUUCGAUAACGGCAAGCUACUACUUUGGCAAACCAGUAGCAGGCACAGCGACACUGGAACUCUACUUCGAGCAGGACGACCUUGACCAGAAGAAAACCGUUCAGGUUAAUGGAAUGCUUCCAGUUCAUCUUCCCUUCAAUCGCGAAUUAGAUAUUUUCGACAGCCAGAGUGAUGUAACGCUGAACGUCAUUUUCAAAGAGCAGUACACAAAUCGCACGGUUUCCAGACGAUACCCUAUAACGGUGUUCAAGAAUGUCUAUAACGCCGUGUUGGAAAAGGCAGCGAAAGACUUUGUGCCAGGAGCACCGUUCAAGUGUAGCGUCAGAAUCAAAUUUCAGGACGGCAAGCCGGCCAGGGGUGUUACUGCGCUGGUGAAAGUAGAUGGCCUUGAUGCAGUGUAUGAGCAGAGCCUUAGGACCGAUACAUUUGGUGCCUUUAAACUUAUUUCCAAUCGUGUUUUCCCAUUCAACACAGAGCUUAGUCAUACGAAAAGGUUGUCUGUUCCACCGAACGUCGGUGUGCCUGUUUCGUUCCUGGUGAAGGCAAAAAAACUGGGGGAUAUGACGGUCCGCGUGAAAGCCUCCAUCAUGCUCGGCGAGGAACACGAUGCCAUCGAGAGAGUUAUCCGGGUCCUGCCAGAAAGCUUGGUACAGCCAAGGAUGCAAACACGCUUCUUUUGCCUCAACGAAUACCAGAAUCAAUCUUUCGAAUUACCUUUGAACAUUGACAAGAGGGCCGACGUUGGCUCGGUGAGCAUUAGGUUUGAGGUUGUCUCCAACAUACUGACAUCGGUGGUGAGAAACCUGGGCGAUCUGCUUAGCGUUCCUACAGGUUGCGGAGAGCAAAAUAUGGUGCGUUUCGUGCCGAAUAUAGAAGUGUUGGACUAUCUGACGGCGACCGGUUCGAAGGAGGCGGCACUCAUCGCAAAGGCGACCGGAUUUCUUGAACAAGGCUACCAGAACCAGAUGAAAUAUCGUCAGCCAGAUGGAUCGUUUGGCGUUUGGGAGGGAAGAGGCGGCUCGGUUUUUCUUACGGCCUUUGUCGUAAAGUCGAUGAAAACGGCAGCGAAGUACAUUACUGUGGAUAAAACGAUGAACUCGCAAGCUUUUACCUGGCUGGCAACCAAACAAAAACUUGAUGGGCGCUUCGAAGAGACGGGCCCUGUUGCUCACAAGGACAUGCAAGGGGCGCUACGUCAAGGAAUCUCGCUUACUUCGUAUGUAAUGAUUGCCUUCAUGGAAAAUCCAGUUGAAGCCGCGGAACAUCCAUCUGUUAUUUCAAAUGGAAUGAAAUAUCUUAGCAGCAACUAUGACAACAUCAACGACUCGUACGAUCUUGCUAUCGCUACGUAUGCAUUCUGGCUGAAUAAUCAUUACCGUAAAACCGAAGCUAUUGCGAAACUGAUCAAAGUCUCCGCCAGUCUUGAGAAAGGAAAGAAGUGCUACUGGCCACGAGCAUCGAAUCAAAUCGAAACCACGGCCUACGCGUUACUGUCGUAUGUGAUGGCCAAAAUGUACAUCGACGGUACGGCGAUUAUGCGUUGGCUCGUAGACCAACGAUAUAGCACCGGAAGUUUCCCGCGUACCCAGGACACGUUCGUUGGCCUGAAAGCGCUUUCGAAACUGGCGGAGAAGAUCUCGCCUUCGCGAAACGAUUACUCCAUUCAGCUAAAGUUCGCUAAUGAGAAAAAAGAGUUCCGAUUCACUUCCACCGAUCUAGAUCAGUUCAGCUACGAGGAGAUUCCGGAGGGCGUGAAAAAGCUGACCGUGGACGUCGGCGGGAUCGGUGUUGGCUUUCUACAGGUGAACUACCAAUAUAGCCUCAAUUUGGUGAACUUUACCGAACGGUUCAACCUAGACCUGGUGAAAAAGAACUCCACCUCGGACUACGAGCUGCAGCUUUACGUGUGCAGCAGUUACAUUCCGAAUCUUACGGACGAACGGUCCAACAUGGCGCUAGUGGAAGUGAACUUCCCCAGCGGUUACGUCGUGGACAGCAACCCGAUCAGUGAGGCGACCGAUGCCAACCCAAUACAGAAAAUCGAGAUUCUACACGGUGGAACGUCCGUCGUACUGUAUUACAACAACAUGGGCGCCGAGAAAAACUGUUUCGUGAUCAUUGCCUAUCGACGGUUUAAGGUGGCGCUCCGAAGGCCGGCGUACGUGAAGGUGCACGACUACUACGUCCCCAACUUAAACGCCAUCAAGGUGUACGAGGUGGACAAACAGGAAGUGUGUGACAUCUGCAAAGGGGAAGACUGCCCGGAAUCCUGCAAAAACGUGCCGAAGUGA